CGCUGCCUGCACGACGGGUCCGGAGGCUCUGCGGGGAGGGAGGCAGGAAGGAGGCCGCUGCCCGGGACUCGCGUCCCCGUUCGCUGAGCGCAGCAAUCAGCACCCCGCCGCCAUGAGCGACGUAGAGGAGAAUAACUUCGAGGGGAGGGAAAUCUUUGGUGUCCUCACAGGAGUUGCUCUUGAAGAGAACUUUAGAGGAUCUUUUUUGUGACCUCCUCUGAUGAACCAGCGGCAGCAGCUUUGCAGCAACCUGAUGCUGCCUAGGGAAAUGACCCAUGAAAUUCUAACAGUGCAGUGUUGUAUUCCAACAAGUAUCUCUACUGAAAUAGCGCUACUUUUGUAACACUAAAUAAAAAUAGUCCCUAGGCUAGAAGUACCAUACACUGUUAUAGUGUUGGCUGCUGCUUCCUCAGGUUAAUGUUCGUGAAGAAAUUGAAGAGUUUUUUCCAAGAUUGUGGAAGAUAAAUCAAGAUAAAAGAAGGCUAAUGAAAAAUAUUAAAGAUCAGAAAAUUAAAAUUGAAUGGGGGAAAAAAUUGAACAGAAGAUUGGUCAGAUAGAAGCACUUGAAUGUUUUUUUUAAGGCUAUAAUGAAUUGUUUGAAUUGGGGAAGAUACACGAAGUAUGAAAAAUGAAAAACUCAAUGAAGAAUGAAGAAAAGUAGAAAGCAAGAGUGAAGUAGAAUUAAAAGAAUCUGGAAGAAUGAAUGGGUCCUAGGUUAAGUAAAUGUAUGGUUUAUGUUCCAGUGUCUGUAUGAUCAAGUUGUAGAUGAAUUUGCAUGAUUACUUAGUUAAUAGAGAAUUGGUGAUCUGGUUCAAGUAGGGAAUUAUUUGAGGAAAGCAUACAAUAUUAACAGUGGGUUAACAGACUGAAAUUUGUUCUGGAGGGUAUUGCCUAACCAUUUGUCUUUCAGGAGCAAUCAAAAUAUUAUAAUUACGGUACUUUAAAUGUUAGGAGUUAGGCAUUUAUGUGACCAGUACCAUUUGUAAUACUAUCUUUUUUGUUAGGAGUCUCGCUCCCAGUCAAAAUCUCCAGCUGGGAGUCCUGCUCGUGUAAAAUCGGAGAGCAGGUCAGGAUCUCGUAGUCCAUCGAGGGCUUCCAAACAUUCUGAAUCACACUCCCGGUCAAGGUCAAAAUCCAGGUCCAGAUCAAGAAGACAUUCUCACAGACGUUACACUCGCUCCAGGUCCCAUUCUCAUUCUCAUUCGCAUAGGAGACGAUCUCGAAGCAGAUCGUACACACCCGAAUAUCGUCGCCGAAGGAGCCGCAGUCAUUCUCCAAUGUCUAAUCGAAGAAGGCACACUGGCAGCAGAGCUAAUCCAGAUCCUAACACAUGCCUUGGAGUGUUUGGCCUCAGUUUGUAUACCACUGAGCGAGACUUGCGUGAAGUCUUUUCCCGUUACGGACCUUUGAGUGGCGUCAAUGUGGUUUAUGAUCAGCGGACUGGACGAUCAAGAGGAUUCGCUUUUGUUUAUUUUGAGAGAAUAGACGAUUCUAAAGAGGCGAUGGAACAUGCAAAUGGCAUGGAGCUGGACGGCAGGAGGAUUCGCGUGGAUUACUCCAUCACCAAGCGGGCGCACACCCCCACCCCGGGCAUCUACAUGGGCAGGCCAACCCACAGUGGAGGUGGCGGCGGCGGUGGAGGUGGAGGAGCAGGUCGUCGUCGUGAUUCCUAUUACGAUAGGGGAUAUGAUAGAGGAUAUGACAGAUAUGAAGAAUAUGACUACCGGUACAGGAGACGAUCACCUUCACCUUAUUAUAGCCGAUACCGAUCACGGUCAAGAUCCCGCUCCUAUAGCCCAAGACGCUACUGAAGAACGGAAGAAUUACAGUUGUGGACAUGAUUUUUAAAUAAAGUUCUGCCCUUAGCUUCCCUUUUGGUCUUCCCCUCCUUUCCCCUCAAAUCUCUCUUAUAAGAUCUUUGGUUCAUUUAGGAGAUACAUAUUUUCAGUUGAAGUAUUGCUGUUUUCCACCCCCUUUUAUUGUAAUACUCUUAAAAUCGUAAUUGUUGUAGUUUUGUGUAGUUAAACAUCUUAAGCAAAACUAAAUAGAAAUCCCAAAGUGUUACUACAUUUUGUAAGUCAUUUUGUUUGUUUUUAAAACAGUUGUACUCCUGGCUAAUCUAAUGAGGAGAAGAGAGCAUUGAUGUUUUUUAAAGCUUGCAUGUUGUGUGUAAUAUACGCACUCAGCUACUUCAAUAUAAACCUGUGUUUCCAAAAAAUAACUUGUUAAUCUUUCUGUUAAUGCUUGGUUGUUAAUUUUGAAAAAUAAGCAACAUCUCCAAACCUUUUCUAUAAUGACAAAUUUCACUAGAUAGUCAUGAACCCAACAGGUUUUUUUGGUUAAAUUGCUUUGAGUGUAAAAUAUUCAAGUGGUAGCAAAUUUUCAUAUUUGGUUUAACUUCUUUGGAAAAAACAGAUUCUUGUACACUGAAGAUAAAAGUUGUGUUUUAUAGAUGAAAAGUUUCUUGACUGCUACACAGUGGAUAACAUUUGAAGUUAAAACCAUACAAAUUUAACUGAUUUUUUUUUUAAUUAAGGGGAAACACUACUUUGAGUUCAAUCAGUGCAGGAGAAAAAAAUAUUUAUUGAACAUAGCAAUUAGUUAUAUAAUUUGCUGUUCAUACAAACUCAUGUUGGUAUUACAAUAAUGGUUAAGGAAGUUCUAGUUUUCAGUCCUUCUGGAGUUGCUGGUAUGGAUAGAAAAAUUACAGUUACAUAUAAACUUCUUCCUCAAAAUAAAGUUAAUUACACUGUAA